AUGUCGCAAAUCUCCAAGGGAGAUAACACGCAUAGAUCUGCUGUUUCCAUCGCAACUACUCGACAAUUUCCGUUGCAACGAAUGCAGCCGAGCUAUUCCGUAUCACUCUGGACCCAAUCGGCUUUUUAUUGCACUCUUUACGGAGACUCCGAAGACGGACGAAGUGUAACGAUUGAUUCCGAAUUAUUACGUUACGCCCUCUAUGCCGAAAAAUGGAGGCACUCGGUGGAAAAUUAUAAUUCAAGUGGAGCAGAAGGUUUAACGAACGAUUUCUACAAAGACUACGUGAUUAUUCACGAAGAUCCAGGGGUGUUGCCAGGAAGCAUCUGCAGCAUUGUUGGGUAUCGUAACCGCCAGUCGAGUUUCCACCUUAGUGAAACAUGCAAUCGUGGACAGAUCAAGGAACUACCCGCUUUGUCUCCACAAGAAACCAUUAAGGUGUUAGAAUCAGACUUAGCACAUGACUUAACUAAUGACUUAAAGGUUUCCCAAGAUGGCAUAACCUGCCUGAACAUAAUGAAGGAUAAUGUGCUGCAACGUGAAGAUAAACACCUGGAGAUGACACUUCAAUUUAAGGAAAGACCUAUAUUGCCAAAUAACAGAAGCGCAGCUGUUAUAUGGUUGUCACACCAUAAAGGAAAACUAAGCAGAGAUGAUGAGUACCAUGGAAAUAACAAGGUAUUUAUGAACGAGAUUAUCAAACGUGGUGAUGCAGAGUUUGUACAAGAAAAAUUGGAGUCGAAAUGCCAAUGCUCAUGCGCAUCAGAACAUUCAAUACCAAGACAGAGGUUUCACACUAAAUAA